AUGAACUUGCAAAUACGACUACAAGAGUGUCUCUCCAUUCCACAACAAAAAGAAAAGAUAGAUGCCUUUAGUUCUGUAUUGAACGACAUUCUUCUUUCUAGUAGCAACACACAAGAUUUGGAAUGUUAUAUUGACGCUGUCUUGAAUGAUCAAGUGGGUCUAGUCGCUUCUAGACAGCUUCUGUCUGAUUUCAUUGCCUUGUUUGACCAAAAGAUAACAAACCAUUCGACACAAAAACAACUCUUGCUUUAUGCUAUUGCUCGUGCCCAACCUCGUUCAGUGAGCUUUGAAGAAUCGUUGUCACAAUUAAGAGAAAAACUCGCCGAUGUUUAUGAAAGUGAAGACGAUUACUUGGAAGCAGCUAAAACAUUGCAAGGCAUUCCACUUGAUUCUGGUCAUCGAGCGGUAUCGGACGAAUAUAGAUUAAAGAUAUAUAUGCGCAUAGUAAAACUGCUUUUGGAAGAGGAUGAGGCAAUACAGGCUGAAACUUAUCUUAAUCGUACAGCACUGCUCAUUGCAAGCUCUAAUGACACGCUAUUAACUCUAACCUACAAAUUAUCUCAAGCGCGUAUUCUUGAUGCCAAGCGCAAGUUCCUUGAAGCAUCUUCAAAGUAUCAUGAAUUAAGCUAUGUUGCUGAAAUACCUGAAGACGAGAGAAUAUUAUGCUUAACAGCAGCGGUACAAUGCGCUGUACUAGCAGGCGCUGGACCACAACGAUCGUGUACAUUAGCAACGUUAUACAAGGAUGAAAGAACACAUCAACUUCCAUCUUAUGCUAUUCUCGAAAAGACAUACUUAGAACGUAUCAUUCGUCCAGACGAAGUGUCAGAGUUCGUCAGCACGUUAAAGCCUCACCAUUUGGCUCGUUUGGCUGAUAAUACAACCGUAUUUGACCGUGCUAUCAUUGAACAUAAUAUGCUGUCAGCUUCCAAGAUUUACAAUAAUAUUCGAUUGGAUGAACUGGCUACUUUAUUAAACGUAUCAACUGAGCAGGCAGAACAGGUAGCAGCACGAAUGAUUGGAGAAAAUAGAAUGAUUGGAAGCAUUGAUCAAUUGGAGCAGCUCAUUUCGUUUGAAUCAGGUGGAGCAGCACAAGAGGAGGAAUCAGGUGCUUGGGAUAGAGCAAUUCAAACACUCUGUCAUGACCUUGACUUUGCUAUUGCCUCUAUUCAAGAAAAAUACCCUCAAUAUGCUUCAACAAAAAUAUAA